AUGUCUGAUAGUCAAAGAAACUGUCCACACCCUCCAGACCCAGCGUCUUCUACCUGGACCUGUUGGUGUCACUCAAUCGGAGAGUAUGGGAUGGUCAGUAAGGUGCCAAAGGAAUGGCAAGAAAGGCGGAGGCCUGGUAAUGAAAGAUUCAAAGUGAAGCUAUCUCCCAUGAUGGCCCGCACCUUCUCAGGGCUGUUCUUCACCUGCCUGAUGCUCCCAGGUCUGAUCCAAGGCCAACAGGAUGCUGCUGAUGCCCCUUCUGCUAGGAGCUCCUGCCCUGAGGGCUUUGCCUUCCAUGGUUCCCACUGCUAUGGCUUAUUGGGAUUAAUUAAUAAUGAGACCUGGAACAGUGCAGAGUUACUGUGCCAGGCCCACCCAUCAGGCCACCUGGUUUCCCUGCUCAAUAAUGCUGAGGCUAACUUUGUGGCCACUAUGAUCAAAGAGUAUCCAGGUGUCCAGUGCCCCAUCUGGAUUGGCCUGCAUGACCCCAACAAGAACCGCAGAUGGCGAUGGAGCAGCAAUGCCCUUUUUCUCUACCAAGCUUGGGAGUCUGGCUUCCCAAGUGGAACCAACCCCAACUAUUGUGUGAGCUUGAGUUUUGAGUCAGGAUUCCACAGUUGGAGAGAUGAACCUUGUGAGAAGAAAUACCCUUAUGUCUGCAAAUUCAAGGCCUAA